GAAGAACGACAAUGAAUCUUAAAGCACUCGAUUCCUUUUAAAACACUGGAGAGCUAGUUUUUAAUACAUUGUGUUUCAAACGAUUCUUUGAAUAUAUUAUAACUUCAUAAUCUUCAAGUAAAAUUCAGGGGAUGUCACAAAAGAAGAAGCGCGUUGCCGUAAUUGGAGGUGGAUAUUGCGGCAUAGUUUCAAUCGCAUCCCUCAAAGAAGAAGGUUUAGAGCCAGUGUGUUUUGAAAAGUCGAGCAAUUUUGGAGGAACAUGGUUUUAUCGGGAAAAAUCCACAAAUGGACAAGCUUCAAUUAUGCCCACAACAAUCAUAAAUCAUAGUAAAGAAGUAGCAGCAUUCAGCAAUUUUCCCCCCAAAAAAGAAUACAACAAUUUCAUGAGACAUAGUGAAAUAUAUCAGUACAUAGCAGAGUACGUGAAACAUAAUGAUGUUGAAAGACACAUUCAAUAUAAUAUGGAAGUAAUUGAACUGAGACGAACGGAAGAUUUUGUUGACACAGGACGCUGGAUUGUUUCGGCUAAAAACAUUGUAACUGAACAGAUUCACACUGAUGUCUACGAUGCUGUGAUGGUAUGCGUCGGUCAUAUCAACAGACCAAAAAUGGCGCAGUUUCCAGGUCAAGAAAAUUUUAAAGGAGAAAUUAUGCACACUCAUAGUUUGAAAGGUGUGGAACGUUUCAAAGGAAAACGAAUUGUUAUUGUUGGCAUUGGUUGCUCCGGUCUUGAUGCUGCUGUUGAAUUAAGCAGUGUUGCUAAACAAGUGUACUUAAGCAGCAGAGCCGGGGCUUUUAUCGUCAAUCGGCUUGGACCAAACGGAUUACCCAUCGACUAUGUCCUUUUCAGAAGAUACCUAACAUCCUUAUUGGAUCUCUUGCCGACAAAUUUGUGCAGCUGGUACAUAGAAACAUUUUAUCUCGAUCGCCAUUUUGACCACAGGUUGUAUGCAAUCAAGCCAAAGUAUCACUUGCUGUCGAAAGAUCCAAUAAUUAAUGACCACAUAGCGUCAAAACUGCUCUCUGGUGCAGUCAUUCAGAAAGGAGAUAUUGAGCAGUUCACUGAAAAUGGGGUAAUUUUCAGUGGUGAGAACACUGUUACUGAAACUGAUGUUGUUGUAAUGGCUACUGGAUACACAUUCGAAUUUCCUUUUAUUGAAAAUGGCGUUAUUAUAAAAGAUGAUGGAAUCCUGAAUUUGUACAAGUGCAUAUUUCCACCUCAGUUACAGAAUUCUACUUUAGCAAUGAUUGGUUUUAUUCUGCCAUUUGGACCAGGUUGGCCUUUGGCGGAACUACAAACUAGGUAUGCGGUAAGUGUUUUAGCUGGUAAAAACAAGCUUCCGAAAGAAGCUGAAAUGAUGGAAGACAUCAAAAGACGACAUCAGCAAAAUUUACUUCGAUACUCCCCAAGUGAAAAAAUGAGCAUUCGUGUUGAUUUCGUCCAGUACAUGGAUGAAAUUGCUCAAGAACUUGGAGCAAAACCCAAUUUAUGGAAACUUAUGUUUACAGACUUCAGGUUGUUUUUAAGACUUGUGUUUGGCCCAUGUCUCCCAUAUCAAUAUAGACUAGAUGGACCUUACAAAUGGGAUGGGGCAAGAGAAGCUUUAUUGACUAGUGAUGAGCGAUUGCAUUGGCCACUUCAGCAGAAGAAAAUAGAAAAGAAAGGCUUUUUUGAAUCCUUAAUUGAGUAUGUGCUAAACUUAAUACCCAAAAAUAUAUUUCUUUAAAAAAAAAGGUUAUAAUAGAACAGGAUUAAAGAUUUCUUUCAUUAAACUAAAAUAAAAUUUAAGCUAAUUGUUGGUGAACUUUCAAAUAUUAAAUUUCUGCCAAAAAUAUAAAAAUAUCCUGAAUUACCUCGACUUUUAGUUUAUCUCAAGCAGAAUGCGCAUUUUAAUGCGCAAAAUAUUUUGUUAUUCGUCGAAAUAAAAUUUUAUUUUGUG